CUCUUUUUUGUUUUUAGGUAACCAUUGAACAUUCAAUGAGAAGCUGUCCACAUUAAUUUACAAAUAAAAAAAAUAAGUUAAAAAAUGGAGUCCAAAGUAGUAUUAACGGAGAAGAAUCCUCAUGAGAAAGCCAACGUGAUCUCCAAAUUAUUUUUAACGUGGAGUUUCAGUCUCUUUAAAAAAGGCUACAAGCAAGGUCUGUCGAUCAGCGAUUUGUGGCAAGCAAGGAGCGGAGAUGCAUCGGGACGCCUCGGUGACCGUCUCGAGGAGGCGUGGAAGAUAGAACAAGAGGAGGCGAAGAAGAAAGGCGCUAAGCCUUCUUUCUCGAAAGCUAUUGUUAGGACCUUCUGGUUCGAGUACAUGAUGAUUGGUCUUGUAGUCGGUGUACUUUUCAUGGUAGUCUGGCCACUAAUUCCUUUCACUCUAGCAUUAUUCAUAGAAUACUUCUCAAAAGAGAAGACACCAGAAUCCUACCGGCAAGCUCAUAUAUACAACUUCUUGAUGAACUUAUUCAGUACGCUGUCAGCUCUCAUGCUGAACCACACCAAUUUGGCUCAAGGUCGAAUCGGGAUGAGGAUACGAAUAGCUUGUUGUUCCUUGAUAUACAGAAAGAUUUUGAAACUGAACCGCGCUGGAUUGAACAAUACUGAGGCUGGGCAAGUAAUCAACUUGAUGUCGAAUGACGUCAAUCGGUUCGACUUGGUGACGUUAUUCCUGAACUUCAUCUGGAUCACUCCUAUCGUGGUGCCGGUGGUCUGUUACCUCGUGUGGCAGCAUGUUGGUAUUGCAACCCUCGCUGCACUGGCGGUCGUGGGCGUCCAAACUGUUCUUGUGCAAGUAUAUUUGAGCCAUCUCCAAGGAAAACUUCGCGGUAAAAUAGCAAAACGUACGGAUCAACGAGUGAAGGUGAUGAGUGAGCUGGUCGAUGGAGUUCAGGUCAUCAAGAUGUAUGCUUGGGAGGAGCCUUUCGAGAAACUAGUCCACAAACUGCGAAAAAUGGAAGUCGGCUACGUUCUGAAGACAUCCUUCGUCAAAGGUUUCACCACCGCCCUAGCCGUGUUCACCGAGCGAUUCAUUCUCUUCUCUGCUGUCGCCACAUUCGUCCUCAUUGGAGGAAACAUCAGAGCUCAAAUUACCUUCUCUUUAGUCCAGUACUUCAACCUUAUGCAGAUGAUUUGCAACAUCUUUUUGCCUAUGGGACUUGCGUACUUGGCUGAGACUAAAGUAUCCAUCAAACGAUUGGAGGAAUUCCUGCUACUCGAAGAAAAUGAACCAGAAAAAAUAACAGCCAACAUGGUUCUUGAUUCCAAAUCCUUAUUAGCUGAUGGAACAGAGAAGGAGAAGAAGGUUCAGGAGAAACAAAGAGUGACUGGUCUGACCAUUUCCAAUGUGACUGCGAGCUGGACCAACGAUUCCGUAGUGGAUACACUGAGGAACAUUACAAUAAAUGCCGCACCUGGAGAAUUUGUCGGUGUUGCAGGAGGAGUUGGCUCUGGCAAGUCUUCGCUUUUGCAACUGAUUCUUGGAGAGUUGAUGCCUAAAAGUGGUACUGUCAAUUUGGGUGGAGCUAAAGUAUCGUAUGCCAGCCAGGAGCCCUGGCUCUUCGUGGCUACUGUCAGGGAGAACAUUCUCUUUGGUCUGCCAUACGACCGGAUUAGGUACAAGAAGGUGGUUAGAGCUUGUGCUCUGUUGAGGGACUUCGAACUGCUACCUCAUGGAGACUCUACCCUGGUUGGAGAAAGGGGCAUCAGUCUUAGUGGUGGGCAACGAGCGAGAAUUGGACUGGCAAGAGCUUGUUAUAGAAAAGCGGACAUCUACCUCCUUGACGAUCCACUGUCAGCCGUGGACACCCAUGUAGGCAAGCACAUGGUCACCGAAUGUGUGAUGGGUCUGCUAGAGAAAUCCACUCGAAUCCUGGUGACGCAUCAGCUUCAUCACCUCAAGGGCGCAGACAAAGUCGUUAUCCUGAGACAUGGUGAAGUAGAAAUCCAAGGUUCCUUCGAUGAAGUAUCUCGUACUCCACUAUUUGCUGAACUAUUACAAGACGAGGAAGAAGAAGAGGCUGCAGGCGAACACGUCAAGAUGCAGAGAAGCAUUUCUGUCAGGUCACAAGCUAGCAGCAUCUCACCAGCAGAAGGCAUCAUUGGUGAAGAUCUGAUCGAACAACAAGUAGAAAUAGAAGAAAUUACAGGCACAGGUCGUGUCCCAGGAAAAGUGUAUUCCAAAUACUUCAGCAUUGGAGCCGGUUGUUGCCUCUUGUCUUCCACAGUGAUUGCUAUCCUGUUCGCUCAAGUUAUCACGUCGGUCAGCGACUUGUGGCUUACUCACUGGAUGAACAACGUUGAAGCUCAAUACGUAGCGAAUGUGCCUCUGUUCCGAGUUGCCAACGACACCAUAAUCCCAUUUAAUGAUACACUAGUGAACGCAACGGAAUCUGCAGUGACUGAAGGAGCAAUAACUAGUACUAUUGGAGCUAUCACUACAGCCUUCCUAUCUAAUGACACGAUGGAAACAACUGAAGCUAUCCUAAACGCUACUGUGUUUGAUACUACUAUUGUGGCUCCUGCUAAAAUCAACGACCGCUACUACAUCUAUAUUUGGGCCGCUGCUAUUGUCGGGUGUAUCAUUGCCACUUCUGGAAGAGCCAUGAUGUUCCUGUGGGUGUGCAUGCGCAGUUCCAUCAAGCUUCACAAUGAGAUGUUCAGAAACAUUCUGAGCGCCACCAUGCGAUUCUUCGACACCAACCCCUCUGGUCGUAUCCUCAACAGGUUCUCUAAAGACAUGGGAGUCGUUGAUGAAAUUCUGCCUAGAAUGUACUUGGACACUAUUCAGGUAUUCAUGGUGAUGAUGGGUAUUCUCGUGAUGGUUGCCAUCGUGAACCCCUACAUGUUGAUGACGACUGCAGUCUGCGCUAUCGUCAUGUACGGCUUGACCGUCGUCUACCUCAGCACAGCACAGGCUAUUAAACGAGUGGAAGGUGUGUCCCGUAGUCCAGUGUUCUCUCACGUGACGGCUACCAUGUCUGGUCUAGGCACGGUGCGAGCGUGUGAAGCACAAGAAAUGCUGAAGGUACAGUUUGAUGACAAACAGGAUGUGCAUACAGCUGCAUGGUACUUGACACUGGUCACUAACACAGCCUUCGCCAUCUGGCUGAGUCUUUGCUGCAGCGCUUACGUUAUUGUGGUCGCGUACACCUUCCUGUUCUUAGAUGACGGUAACACCAAGUCCGGUAACGUAGGCCUUGCCAUCAGUCAGGGUCUGAUUCUCGUGAACAUGGUCCAAUACGGAGUCAAGCAAGCUACAGAAGUGAUCUCACAGAUGACGUCAGUGGAAAGAGUGAUGCAGUUCACAUCACUACCUCAGGAGAAAACUGAAGGACCCAAGCCACCAGCGAACUGGCCACAGAAAGCCCGCGUUGUGUUCAAAGACCUCACUCUUCGGUAUGACAAGGACGCUGAUCCAGUACUGAAGAGACUUAACGUUACUAUCGAAAGUGGAUGGAAGGUUGGAGUCGUUGGUCGUACUGGAGCUGGUAAAUCUUCUCUAAUCUCUGCUCUCUUCCGUCUGGCACCGAUUGAAGGCAACGUCUACAUUGACGAUGUCGAGACUGGCAAAAUCGCUCUUAAAGAAUUGCGUUCAAAGAUUGCUAUCAUUCCUCAAGAGCCAGUGCUGUUCUCUGCAAGUCUGCGGUACAACAUGGAUCCCUUCGACAAAUACUCUGACAUACAAAUUUGGGAAGCUUUGGAACAGGUGGAAUUGAAGAGCAGUAUCACAUCUCUGUCGUCUCCAGUAGCAUCAGGAGGCUCCAACUUCAGCGCGGGACAGAGACAACUGUUGUGUUUGGCUCGAGCUGCUCUCGCACGCAACAAGCUCCUCGUUCUAGACGAGGCUACUGCCAACGUUGACCCUACAACUGACGCCAUGAUCCAGAAGUCCAUUCGCAGACACUUCGCGGAUUGCACUGUGAUUACCGUCGCACACAGAUUGCACACUGUUGCUGACUCCGAUAGAGUAGUGGUAAUGGAAGCAGGUCAAAUCAUAGAGUGCGGUCAUCCACACGAACUGCUCCAAGACGAGGAGGGUCCCUUCACAAAGAUGGUGAAACAACUCGGCUCUGCUUCCGAACAGAGUUUGCGAGAACUAGCUAGCAAAGCAUACUCCGAGCACAACAUUAAGAAUGCUAUGAAAGCUUAAGUUUAUUUAACAACAAAAUAGAAAUUGAUAAUUUUUUUAGCUUCUGGAAAGUUAGUAGCUUCAUUCCAAAAUAUUUAGCAAAGUAUACAGUAUCAACAGUGAAAGAGCGAGACGAGCAUAUACUAAUUAUCUUAUUACUUUUCAUUGACUCAGAGAACACCUUCUUAAACGUAGUUACAUUAGCAAUAUAAAGUGCAAUAA